GGCGCUUAGGGGAAUCCAGGGUGAAGAGAGAGGAACAAUUUAAAAAUUGAAUGUAAUUUUGAAAAAUCUGUUGUAAGAAUCAUUUUGUUUGUAUUGGGGGCAGUGUGCCGUUUGGUGAGCUGCUUGCACCAAGGUAUAAUCUUCGAAGGAGGGCAGGAGGUCCUCUUGACCGAUAGCCACUGGAAGAUAUCAUUGAGGUACAACCUAACAGAACUUCAAGUACAAGGCCAAAAUCUGAGCGGUCUGGUGGUAGAGGUAAAAGAGUAUCUGGACCAAUUCUACGACCAACUUUUGAGGGAUAACGUAAGUAUGCAUUCCCCACUACCUCAACUCGAGGCAGGUUUCAGAUACGAAUUCACCGGUAUCCAUUAGAAUAUAAAAGAGUAUUUAAGGGAAGUGAGUGAGUUAGUAAAUUUACUUCCUAGGCGACGUGCCAAACGUGAUCUAGUGGACGCGGGCGGUCACGUCCUAAGAUAUCUUUUUGGUACUUUAGAUAGUAGCGAUUUGGAAGAAAUUAACAGCGAUGUAAAACAUCUGUAUGCCGCUUCUGACAGUAUAAUACAUUAUAGUCAGGAACAAAUAACUAUUCUGGCCAACGUUCAGUCAGAAUUAGUGAGUCAUUCUAAAACAAUAAAUUCCAUAUUAUAAACCGUAAAAGCUUACCACGCGGUAAUGCAUCAAACAGUUAGUAGGCUUUUCAAAAAUGACAAAAUAAUGCAACACCAGUUACAAAAAUUUGUUCAGUUAUUUGAAAUUAAAUUCGGCAGUUACAGAAACCAAGAAUACAAUCCUAGAGGCAAUUCGUCAAAUAAAUCAGUUUCAUAAUGGAAUCGAAAAAUUGGAAGGGAGAAAGUUAAGCAGUGACUUACUUACUGGAGUUUUUAAAGAUUCUGCAGGAAGUGGAAAAGGUUGUACCCACCCCGGCCAAAUUGCAUUUGCCAGUAAAGCUGGAAAAUAUGCAUGAGUAUUAUUCGGUUGUCAUUGCCUGUAGCUAUGUAAUGGAGCAAACCCUCAGGGUUGUGCUGCAGUUGCCGCUAAAAAGCGACGAUAAAUUGUUAUCGGAAAAAUGUCCUAUUGUUGUGCACAAAAGUUAAUAACUGGAUUAAAAUCCCCUGUACUAUUGAAGACACCCAACCACUGGGUAUACAGCACCUCUGAACCGCACCGAGUAACCCUAAAUUGUUAUGAGAGCAACGGUAGAAUAAACGUGACUUCCCUGCUGAUGAGUGGCGUUGGAAUAAUUACAGAAUCGUACAAAUGUGAUGUUAUCACGGAUGAGUUCAAAGUGCCUGCCCGUAUAUACAGCAGCAGUACUCAUGUGGGACAGUUAGGAAAAAUGGUGAUCCCAGAACUAAAAUCGAUGUUCUCUGACGAUGAGACGAAUCUUAUCACUGUUGAUGUGAACGCCACUCUAGAGGUCCUGAAGGGCCUGGACAAUGAGCUGGGUUCCGUGGGUGUUAGGGAAUAUCCCCUAGAACGGGUUCUUUUUCAUUUGCGGUCCCACCACGACUAUAGGCGCAGGGUACAGAGAAUGUCAGUUGUAGCAGUGAUAGGAACCUGUAUUGUUUUGAGCCUGAUCCUGCUGUGUGUGUUUUAUAGACACUGGACGAGACUUGCCACGUGGUGCCAGAGCUCCAGACUCCGUAUACGAGAGCGGAAAGCAGCGCAUCUGACCAGUGUGCUGGCGAUGAGCGAGGCGGCGAUGCCUGAUGUUGAGAUGGGUGGUGGAGCCCAGACAACUGACGAAUUGGGGACUGCAGCCCCAGAAGUAACUACCGCUAGUGAACCAUGGACUUAGAUACCAGGAGUGUCGUGAGUAAGCUAACCUAACGAAAGACAGAGUGGACAAAUCGAAUUUUUAAUUAACAUAUACGGGUUAAACUAAAUAGAAGCAAAGGACAUUGUGCCAAGACCGAACCGCGCACCAGGAGAAGAGCGGCGGGGGACGCCCUGCAUAUGUCAUUGAGAUGACAAGAUUCUCACAAGAGUUGGAAAACUGUGAAGUUUGAGUAGUAGUAUGUGUGAAGACGUACUGAAUGGACCCGGGAGCUGUGGAUGAGUUUAGUUCAGUUAUAUUGGUUGUAACGUGGUUGUAAUGUUAAUCAUUAAUAAUAUUAAUAGUAAUUUUGAAUUAUAAUAGCGCUAUUCCACGUGCAAAAUAGAAGUAAAGGCUGGUAAUGGAGGAUUUUCUAUUUGGUUCUACAUUAAUUUGAAAAGUUAGAUUUUUGGACAGUAAAAAAAGGGGGGCAAAUAAUGAUAAAGUUAAUAUUUGACGAAUGAGGUCGCAUCUGAUAUCCCCAGGAAGGUAUGGCCAACCCCAAAGCCUAAUACCCUAUCCUUUCGACUCCACAAGACUGGACUGAGGGUGUCUAGAAGCGAACCCGAUAAAAAAGGGUAAGAAACUAAUUUCGCGGAAGACCAUGAGAAAGUGAGUGUUAAAUGCCUUGCUGGAGGGAUAUUCCGGACCACAUCAGCAAGAUAACUGAAUUAAAAUUACCAGACCUGUCUUGACCUUGUAUUGUUAUAAGUGUUUUAUUAUAGUAGAUUAAGUCCAGUUGAGUUAAGCAUGUUAAUAUUGAGAGAUCCAAAAGAAUACCGAGUUUGUUUCUUAACGAGUUCUUAGAAAAUAAAUUUUGUAAAGUUAUCGUAUAAAGAUUGUGUACUUUGUCAAGUUUGUAAAAUGUAAAGCUAUAAUAAUAGGUCAAUGCAAUGUAAGAGCAUUGUUAUAAGCAUGAUAUUUAAUUUAAACUAGAUUAUGCUGUAGAGGUUUGACACAGUGUACUGUAGGUUCCACCACGCGGGGUUGUUGCUGACGUAGUAUCUAGCUGAUAGCGGUGACCUACCAUCUGAACUGGGGACUUGACACGCGCGAGGAGUGACUGACCGACGGCGGCUCCAAGUGAACGCUUGUGUGCGGCUUAACCAAACCAAGCUAGUAGCGUUCUAAUUAUACCGGUACUGAACCAUUCAUUCCUUUUAUGAGACACUAACUAAUUAUUAAAAUUUAGAAUUUCAGUGCCAAAUUAUAAAUUUUAAUCAAACUUUAAUUAACCAUCAAGGGACUUUGAUCCUGCCGUCAAGUCAUCCCAUACACAUAAAUUGAAGGUUUUUGAAACCGCCUGUUGCAGGUUGUUACAGGUAAACUCUCUUUGAACUGUACUCUCGCUACGUACGAGAAUGAAUGCUUAUAGGUCCUUAUAAGAUUUAGAAUAUAAGUAUAGGUUGUAAAUAUAAUGGUGGUUUCAGAAGCCGUCAAGCGUGUCAAAAACUCUGAUAGAAUUAGGAGGCAUUUAUUUGUAUCCGUUUAGAAGCUUGAUAUAUAGGGUAGAUUAUGUAGGACGCUUUUGGUGAAUAGCUAUAUUGGUUAAGUAAAAUAAGUCAUAAAUGAGAUUGUCAUAGUAUAAUGAUAAGAGAGGACCCGGAUUGCGUUUUCUUAUUUUGUAUUAAAUAUUAUUUUAUGAAAUCUAAAAUUUUAAUAUGUUGGCUGAAGAGAUAGUCGAUUAGCACUAAUGAAGGUGCAACAAUAAAGUACAACAUAGUUUUCCAAAUUGCCCCUGAGAAAUCUGAUUCCAGAUGUUCUGCGGCUCGUUAGUUAAGUUAGAUGUAAGAUGUUGGUAUUAAGGACGGGCAGUGUGGAACACGUAUUUCAUAGUUGAAUCACAUCUGCUGAACAACUGUCGACAACAGCAUGGACUAAAGAAGGGGGGAGUGUAACGCCCCGUUGGUAAAUCGUUACCGACAGACAAAAUAUAUGUUAACUAUGAUUUCAGAAUUUAUAUAGUAUAUAUUUAUUGGUCACCUAAUUUUUCCAUUUAAAAAGAAAUCCAUUUUCUAAAUAGUAAUAGUAAUUUGACCCGUCACCAACUAAGUAAUUUAAGGUUUGAGUCUAGAAACUGGAAUCGAAUAUUAUUGCGAUAGAAAUAGAACAAAGUUAUGGAGAUGGAAUUGUGCAGCUAGCCUCGUGCACUGCUGAUACAAAUUGCUGACUCCAGGGCUAGCUAGCCUCUCACACAGGCCCUAGUCCUUUUUGAUUGGCCACGGCCGCUGAGGCGAUGACCGCCGCUUGACCUGCUGAGCCGGUGAUCGUCAGUCGCGUUCAAAAUUAUAUGUAGUUAACAUCUCGGUCCGCGUCCUCUCUACCUCUGUAAUUAAUGUAGCAUUGGUUAAAAUUAUCUUCUAAAUUUAGUUUGUUUCUAAAGUAUUACUUGUAUUAUUUUAUAGCAUGAAUUUAAUG